AUGAUAAGUGCUGGUUUUGUUAAUAAUAAUAACAGCGGUAAUAAUAAUAACGUUAAUACUAAUCAGGAUCCACAAAAUACUAAACAUGCAGCAGGGACAAUUUUUAAUGACUUGUUAGAAUCCUCGAAGAAUUUACCAUCGACAUCGUCUGAGUUAGGUUCUAUUCAAUUGAGUCUACAUGAAAUCAAUAGACGUACAAGAGAAUUAAGAAAUGCUCAUUAUAAUAAAAAUGAUGGGAAUGUUGAUGAUCAUCAAUUUAUUCAAAAUAAACGUAAUAAAGCUAGUGAUAGACAAGCGUUACCUGUAGAUCACACUAAAGCUCACUAUUUGUUAGCUAAUAGUGGUGUUGCCUUCGAUGAUAUUGAUUCUUCUUUGAAAUUUUUAAAGAGUGGCGAAGCUAACAAAUUUAAAAGAAACAAUAUUGUGGGACAAACUCAUAAUAACAACGACAAUAAUUUAACUUCACAAACUCAAAGUUCUAUGGAGAUUGAUAGUUAUUUGAAGAUUAAGAAAGAAGAAAAUAUUUUAUCAUCUAUUGAAUCUUUAUUAUCUAAUGCAGCAAAGGAUUUCGAUUCCUUUGUUAAUUCAAAUUUAAAUCUAGAUUGGAAUGAAAGAAAAAACACUAUUAGAGAAAAUUUCGGAAUUUUAAUUAAUAAUAAAGGUAAUACUAAUAACUUGACUUCUUCUAACACCUAUCCAAAUGAUUUUGUUAGUGCAACUCUAAAGAAACAUUCUAUUAAUCCAGAAAUCCCUGUCUGGGGGAAUAACUCUUUAAGAAUCCUAAAUGAUAAUAAUAAUGAGUCUAAAUUGAAUGUUAAUGAAAACCAUCUUGUUAGAGAAAAUUUUGAAACACAUGCAAAGAUCGUUUAUAAAUUCAAUAAUUCAAGACAAUCAGGCCAAUCAAUUCCAUUAACUAAGGAGUUCAUAUCUUUAUUGUCCAAGAAUGCAAAUGAUACUAAGAAUAGACAAAUGUUAGAGGCUUGGAAGAUUUUAGAUACCUUAAAUGAUCGUCAAAAUUUGACUAAAACAGAUACUGUUGAAAGAUCCAAAAUAUACUUGGAGAAACAAUUUUUGGAUUAUGUGAAUUUGUUAUACAAUAAGAAAAUGGAUGAAGGUUUACCAACAAAUAUUAAUAAAGUGAAAUCAUUUAUUGAUAGUAAAUUGAAAAAUACUGAUAAUUCAUGGAAAAUUAAAAAUUUAACAGUGGCUAAUAGUAUCCCAAUCUGGGCUCUAAUUUUCUAUUUAUUAAGAGCUGGGUUGAAGACAGAAGCUCUUGAAGUUGCAGUCAGUAACAAAUCAAGUUUUAAGAAAGUCGAACAAUCAUUUUUAGGUUAUUUCAAGGCAUACACAUCAUCAAAAGAUGGUACAUUACCAUUAGAGUUCUCUAAUAGACUUCAUACCGAGUACAAUCAACAUAUUAAGAACUCUUUAAAUGGUGAUCCAUUUAGAUUAGCUGUCUAUAAAAUUAUUGGUAGAUGUGAUUUAACUAGGAAGAACAUUUCAUCUGUGACUUUGAAUGUCGAAGAUUGGUUAUGGGUUCAUUUUAUGCUUAUGAAGGAUGAUAUCACUGAGGAUGAUCCAAUAUAUGAAAGAUAUACUUUUACAGAUUUCCAAAAUAUUGUUACCUCAUAUGGUCCAUCUAGAUUUACAAACCAUUAUUUACAAGUUCUUGUGCUAAGUGGUCUGUACGAACUAGCCAUUGCAUAUGUUUACACUAUCAAUGAAAUGGAUGCUGUUCAUUUAGCUAUCGUCAUGGCUAGUUUGAACUUAUUGAAAUUCCCAUCGAUUACAUCUAUCGUGAACAAGACUGAGCAGUACAAUAGAGAUAUUAGUAACAACAACAACAGCGCCAAUGGCACAGGAUUUUCAUCAUUUGGAGAGAGACUAUUGUCCAUCAAUGAUAAAAAUGAAAGAGAGAUCGAUUUUGUUAGAAUUAUAAGUAACUACGUGAAAUCAUUUAAAUUUUCUGAUCCGAGAAUUGCCACAGAAUACAUUAUUUUAAUUGGAUUAAGUACAGAGAAACAAAAUGAACAAGUUCAAUUAUGUCAUGAAGCCUUGAGAGAAUUGGUACUUGAAACCAAAGAAUUUUCGAUUUUAUUGGGCAGUAUCAGUAGAGAUGGUACUAGAAUUCCAGGUGUUAUCGAAGAAAGAUUACCUCUAUUACAUUUACGCGAUGAGAGUGAAUUUUUACGUGUUAUUACAGAACAAGCCGCUCGCAAAGCUGAUGAAGAUGGUAGAGUCCAUGACAGUUUAUUAUUAUAUCAAUUAUCUGAAGAGUAUGAUAUCGUUUUAUCUAUUGUUAACAAUUUACUUGGUGAUAUAUUAAGUAACGCUGAUUUGACACAACCUUUAUUACAAACGAGUGACAACAGUGAAACUAAUCCUAUCUUAUUGGCAAGGAAAUUAAUUACUACCUAUGUUGAUAAUCUAGAGAUUUCGAAGAAGAUUUCUAAUAAGAAUAGUGAUACAUGUCUUUUCUUGCUUAAGAUGGUUGACGUUAGACAAGCAUUUUUAGGUAAACAAUGGCAACAAACCUUGACCAUGAUUAAAGAAUUAAAUAUUUUACCAUUUGCUGAUGAACUUUCUGCAAGAGAAAAGGCACAAGAAUUUACUACCUUGAAUGAAAAUUUAAUUAAGUGUGUACCAAACAUGUUAAUUAUUACAAUGACUUGCGUCUCUAGAUUAGUUGAAAAUUUGAAUAAGAGUGAAUAUCAAUCCAUGGAAAAAGCACAGCAGAUCAAUUCCUUGAAGAAUAUUGCUAAAAACUGCAUGAUCUAUGCCGGUGUCAUUCAAUAUAAAAUGCCAAGGGAGACCUUUAGUACAUUAAUCAAUUUAGAUGUUACAUUAUGA